ACGCAUUAUAACCAGCCAAUCGCUGGUCACUUCGACACGCCCUUUAAAUGUUCGUUUUUUUAUGAAUGCAAGUAAAACAGUUAGGGAUUCACUACAGUUUUGUGAUUGUUAUUAUAUUGUUCUAUUUUAUAGUGUUGUCGUAAUUUGGUUUGCUUAUUGUUUAAUAUAUAAUUGAAAAUUUUUGAACUAUAUAUAAUGACUGAACAACAAAUGGACUGUGCUUUAGACUUAAUGAGAAGAUUACCUCCUCAACAAAUUGAAAAGAAUUUAAGUGAUCUCAUAGACUUAGUCCCUUCUUUAUGUGAGGACUUACUUUCUUCUGUAGAUCAACCUUUAAAAAUAGCAAAAGAUAAAGAAUCAGGCAAAGACUAUCUUCUUUGCGAUUAUAAUAGAGAUGGUGAUUCUUAUAGAUCUCCAUGGAGUAAUACGUAUGAUCCACCUUUAGAAGAUGGAUCAAUGCCUUCUGAAAGAUUACGAAAAUUAGAAAUAGAUGCUAAUCAUGCAUUUGACCAAUAUCGAGAACUUUAUUUUGAAGGUGGCGUGUCUUCCGUUUAUUUAUGGGAUCUUGAUCACGGUUUUGCUGCAGUUAUUUUAAUAAAAAAGGCUGGAGAUGGGUCUAAAAAAAUUAAAGGUUGUUGGGAUUCGAUACAUGUUGUUGAAGUGCAGGAAAAAUCAACCGGUAGAAAUGCACAUUAUAAAUUAACUUCAACGGCGAUGUUGUGGUUACAAACAAAUAAACAUGGUUCGGGUACCAUGAAUCUAGGAGGCAGUUUAACAAGACAGGUGGAACAAGAUGCACAAAUAAGUGAAACGUCACCUCAUAUUGCUAACAUUGGCAGAAUGGUAGAGGAUAUGGAAAAUAAAAUUCGAAAUACACUUAAUGAAAUUUAUUUUGGUAAAACUAAAGAUAUCGUUAACGGUCUAAGAUCGGUUCAAUCUUUAGCAGACCAAAGGCAACAAGCAGCAUUGAGACAAGACUUGGCUGCAGCAUUACAAAGGCGAAAUGCUAAUAACUGAUUACAAGGACAAGAAAGCUUUGAUUAUAAUUGUGAUUAGGAAAAGCAAAACAAUUUAAAUCACACAUACACAAAUUCAUGGCAACACUGUUAUUUCUACACUAGGUGAAAAAAUGCAAAGGAUUUAUUCUGGGGCAUUUUUAGUUGUAUAUUAAUUUCUUGUUUAUUCUUAACUAUAAUUUUACUUUGUUCAGCAUGUUUUGCAUUCAACAUUUUAGUCAGUUACUAGUAGAUUUAGAUGUAUAUCUAUAAAUAAAACAGAAUUUGUUACUAAAAAA